AUGCUGAAUUCUUUCCAAGUCAAGCUUAUUAAAUCUAUCGAAAACGGAGUUCUCGAAGAAACUAAGAGGCUUGCUAUUGGUAAAUUUGAUAUUGAUAAGCCAUUAGUUCCAUCUUUAGAAAUCCCAAUAAAACCUCCAUCAAAGAAAGUUCCAUUUCCCGUUAUUCGUGGUCCGACACCAUUGAUACUUGCAAUACUAUAUGAAAGAACUGAUAUUGCAAAAUAUUUAUUGGUCGAGAAACAUGCGAGGUUAACUGUCAAAGCAAACGGAUUAUAUCCAAUACAUUAUGCAUGCAUAGUAGGAAAAUUAGAUUUAUUGCAAAUUAUACUUGAAACAGAUGAAGGAAAAGAACAAAUUAACUUACAGAAUGAUUACCUCUAUACUCCUCUACAUCUAGCUGCUGCAAAUUCGCAUAUACAAUUAGUACUUUUACUUCUUAAAAAUGGUGCAAAAUGCAAUAAUAAAGAUUUUAAACAGUUACCGGAUACAAAGAACAAUGUACUUCAUGUGUGCAUGAGAAAUUCGGAUAUAUCCAUCGUUGAAGCCCUUCUUUCAAAAGGUGCUAAUUUGGAUGAAGUUAAUUCUGAAAAUGAAACGCCAUAUCAGACAGCAUUCUUCUUCCACAAUGAACAAAUGAUAGAAUUUUUGCAAAAGUACGCAACUAAUCCUUCAAUUGUUCGACCAUUUGAAAUUUUAUGUAAGAAAUACUUAGACGAAGAAGUGAUUUCAAGUGAAUCAGAACAGUUACAAAGCUUAUCUGAACAACUUCGUGUUCUUACAAAUAAAUUAGAAAAUUUGGAGCAAUCCAAACAAUAA